ACAACAACUUCAUCCUCACUCCCCCUUGCGGAAAAUCCCCCGCCAAUGAGCUUGAUGAAAUCCCGACACUAGGCGCCCGGGCUUUCUAUCGCAAUGGAUAGCUCACAAGCGCCGCUCAUCUCGAGCAACCGCCACGAUGAGGAUGCGCCGUACGAUACUGUCGACGACGUGCCUGGGCCGAGAGCUGCCGCGGGAAAGGCGACGAGCGGGCGACCUGGAGUGUUUGUUCUGAUCUUAACAUUUGCUGCUGGAAUUAGCGGGCUAUUAUUUGGAUAUGAUACCGGUGUUAUAUCUGCCACCCUCGUUUCGAUCGGAAAGGCGCUAUCGGACCGAGACCUCACUUCGAUGGACAAAUCAAUCAUUACAUCUUCUACUUCCCUUUUCGCGCUGCUCGUCUCGCCAUUCUCGUCUCUUAUUGCCGACCGGCUAGGCCGAAAACGGGUCAUUCUAUACGCCGACGUGCUGUUCAUCCUCGGGGCGGUUCUGCAGGCUGUUAGCUCUACUGUGCCAGCCAUGGUGGCCGGUCGCUGCAUCAUCGGCGCGGCGGUGGGUGCUGCAAGUUUUGUAGUGCCAUUGUACAUUGCCGAGAUUGCACCAUCGUCGUAUCGAGGUCGUUUGGUGACUAUCAAUGUGCUGUUCAUCACUCUCGGGCAGAUGGCGGCUUACAUCAUCGGCUGGGCGUUAUCCACGUAUGCGUCGAAAGAAACUGGGUGGCGGUGGAUGGUAGGCUUAGGAGCUUUGCCAGCGGCUCUACAGGGUGCCCUUGUGGCCGUUAUGCCAGAGACACCGCGGUGGUUGGUAAAGGCUGGGAGAUCUGAAGAUGCCAAGCGCGUUGUUCAAAAGGUCAAUGGCGUACAAGGACGGUUUGAUGGCACUGCAGAUGCCAUUAUCAAGGAGAUUGAACUUGAGAUCCGAGAAGAAGACGAAACACGGUUGCUUCACAAUCGCCAGACCUUUGGUCCGUGGAAUGGGCUCUACGUGUGGUUCGAGCUGUUGGGCGAAGGGAAACAUCGCCGCGCAUUAGCAAUUGCAUGUCUCUUGCAGGGCUUGCAGCAGCUAAGCGGUUUUAAUUCGCUCAUGUACUUCUCGGCCACCAUAUUCUCCAUUAUGGGAUUCGAAAGCCCUACCUUGACUUCACUCAUCGUUGCCGUUACCAACUUUGUCUUCACGCUUGUUGCGCUGGGUUUAAUUGACAAGAUUGGCCGCCGACGGAUCUUACUCUAUUCAAUACCCUUGAUGGCUCUAGGACUGCUCCUGGCCGCGGGCGGAUUUUCAUAUCUGUCUCUGGAGCAGGCGCCGGACAGUCGCAGCAAUGACACGAUAUCAACAUAUGAAAGCCAGGGAAGAAGCGGCCCUGCCAUCGUCGUCCUCGUCAGCAUCAUGAUUUACGUCGCGUCUUACGCUCUUGGCCUGGGCAACGUUCCAUGGAUGCAAAGCGAGCUAUUUCCUCUGUCGGUACGCUCGGUAGGCAGCGGAGUUGCGACAGCCACAAACUGGGCAGCAAACUUUGCCGUUGGGUUGACAUUCUUGCCAAUGAUGGACGCGCUGAGUCCGUCCUGGACUUUUGUGCUCUAUGCAGGAAUCUGCACUAUUGGGCUUGGCCUUGUCUGGCGGAUAUACCCCGAGACGGCAGGGCUGAGUCUGGAGGAGGCUACGGCGUUGCUGGACAACGGAUGGGGCGUACGAUAAUUUGCGGACGAUCUACUCCGUACGUCGUACCUGUAUCAAUGGUUAUUUCAUACAUGCAUAGAAUAGCGGAUAUAGACACGUGUAAGUAAUCCAUGGCCCUGCUCUAUGGCACAAGCACAGUAUUGCCGCGACUCCUUAAAAGCUGCGUUGCCGUGGUAGCUGUGCCAGGUAUUGAUGCAAGGUACCGCAGAUCCGUGGCUGGGCCCCCUUACUUUGUGCCGCAGGGCAGGGUGAUGGAGCGUUCUAGAAAAGUUCGACAUUAUAACUUAUACUGUGCGUAUAUAACAAAACUCGUCCCAUUUGGGGGCCAUCAG